GARAGCUUUCAAGACAAAUGGUUAGGCCAUCACUAAGCUAGCCUCGAUUCCCCAGCAACCAGAAAACAACCUUCGUAUUAUACUAUAACUCGCCUUGCGGAUAACCGGCCAGACACGACCGACUAACCUAGACUUCGGAAGUCCCACAUUUUAAUACACAAAGACCAUUUCAGGUCAGUUUUAACGAAGUUCGUUUGGAUCGGUAUCGAUAAGGACCGUUUGGUUUGUUUGCAAAAGAAGUCGGUGUAUUACGGUGAAAAUGAAAAAACGAAGUGACCACUGACAUGCAACCAAUUUCUCUCUUUAUGGUUUGAGAGUCAUGUAGUUGUACUCUCGUCAAAGGAGUCGGGAAGAUGGCAGGAGUAGAUGACGACGGUCAGGACAGAGUGAUAUUGAAUUGCGGUGGAGUGCGACAUGAAACGUUUCUACGUACACUACAGAAUUUUCCCGAGACUCGGCUGACUUGGUCUGUGGAAAACAAAGCCAAUAACCGCGAUUACGACCCAGAAAAGAAGGAAUUUUUCUUUGACCGACAUCCCGGGGUUUUUGCUCAAAUUUUAAACUUCUACAGAACAGGRAAGCUGCAUGCUCCUCAUGAUGUUUGCGGCCCGCUAUUCCAGGACGAACUGAUGUAUUGGGGAAUAGACGAGAAACAGAUGGAACCUUGCUGUUGGUCCUUCUAUACUCAGCACAGAGAGGCCCAAGAAAGUUUAAAAGCUUUUGAAGGAAUCGACGCAAGCGAUAAUGAGAGCGAUGAUGAAUUAGGGAAUUCUGGCGGCUGGACACAAGARCAUUCAUCAAAAUGGCAAACAUACAAAGUGCAGAUUUGGAACAUGUUUGAAAAUCAUCGGUCRUCCAAGAUGGCGAAGACCAUCUUCGCCUUGUCUCUUGGAUUCAUUAUCAUAUCUGUCAUAGCCUAUAUAUUGCAAACGCUACCAAGUAUUCAAGCAAAAGAAGAUGCAAGAGUUUCCUUGACUGUUCUUGAAACAAUCUGCAGUGUCUGGUUCACAAUUGAAUUCGUCUUAAGACUGGUCGUCUGUCCAAGCAAGAAAAACUUCUUUAAAGAACCAAUGAACUGGAUUGAUCUCUUCGCUAUACUCCCAGUGUUCUUACGCAUCAUUCAAAAUCCAAAGGAAUACCCUGCUGAUAAGAAUCCUUCGCUAGAAUACGACAUACUUGCUGCCGUACGACUCUUUAGGCUUUUCAGGUUCUUCAAAGUUAAUCUUGGAUUCCUUAUUCUUAAACAAACCAUGAUUGCUAGCAGCCGCGAGCUGUUGCUUCUGGUUYUGUUGGUAUURAUUCCAGUUGUAAUAUUCGCAACCAUUGCCUACAUAUGCGAAAGGGAAGUAAACAAGAAAGAAUUCCAGUCGAUUCCAGAUGGGUUAUGGUGGGCMAUUAUUACUAUUACAACCGUUGGAUAUGGAGAUAGCUCUCCAGUUACUUUUCCGGGAAAGUUCUUUGCAAGUUUUUGUGCUCUUGCGUCGAUAAUUAUCACAGCUCUUCCUAUAUCAAUCAUUGGAAACAACUUCUCCUUGUAUUAUUCUCAUGCUCAGGCAAAGAUGAAACUWCCCAAGAAGAGYCAAAAGACUUUGAUAGGUGCUGCAAAUGCGUUGAUGAUGCCGUCAGCAAGGAGAAGUGAUGAAAUCAGUGUGGAGGAAAUUCCAAUCGAGUCUGAUAAACCUCACGAAGGGAUGAACGGAUCRGCGGACGGMUCACAUCCACCUCACAACAUACGGAGGGCACGAAGAGCUCGAUCAUCYUUAUACGCGGGAGGAGUGGUGCCUAGAAUGUCACUACCAACUCGAGCAAGAAGCAAUGAAGACAUCGGUGAAGAUGAGACUUCACCUCCAGAACACAGAAAGAAAAGUUACACUAGUACCCAGACCACAACCAUCGACACUCCACCGAAAAGCCCACCACACUUUGGGAACAUGUUGACAGUCAGUCAGUCAGAUAUUUCCGAGAAUAUCCUCGACAUGUCUUGUCCUGACUUUGGAGACACUAGGAUAGUGCACAAUGAGGUCGAUGAGUUUGGUCUCGACGAUAUCGAUCGGGCUGUCGCUAAAGUUGAAGGGAACGAAAAGAAGGAUAAAACGAACGGUUUUCAAAGACCGGGGACGCCCGUGAAAAGAUCCGUAAAACAUUCCGUACGGUUUGUCAAACCUACGCUAACUGUAACUACGCUAACGCAAGAAACUGGCAGCGUAAAUGACGCUUUUGUAGAAGAAUUAAAAGAGGAACCAAUGGAUGAAUCGUCGCAAAAUAUACCAAUACUACCCCCACCGGAGCGUCCGACCUCUCCGGUGAGUGAAGAGACACGAAAGAAAGAUGAUAAAGGUAGUAAGCCAGAUCGCUAUCAACGAGGCAAGAGGUAACGACGUAUAUGGCAGUUUUUGUGAGACGGACGGGCUUCUGGUCGCGAUAUAACGGGGUUGAGUAAGCCUUUUCCCGCGGAGAACCAUGUCGAUGUCAAUUCAAUUGUUAUUUUUGUACGAGCCUCAGAACUGGGUUGUAAUUGAAGGGUGAAUAAAACUAUYCUCGCUAUAGAUUUUGUACAGAUUCUAUCCACUGGAUAAGGAUUUUUUGAGAUGGACAGCGCUGUUUAUUCGCCUUUCGUACAGCCCAAGUAUCAGUAGAAAUAGAUUCAUAUUCACUUAGAUUCGUCUUUCUAGAGGUUCGUUGACACUUGCGAUUUUUGUUGCGCGAUAAUCGCCACUUUGCUAUCGCACAACUCAAAUCGUGUAAACAGCCAAUCGCCGCAAAGAUGCAGCUGAAUUUCAAGCAAGCUCAGGCAAUGGUCGCGCGGGCCUUAAAAGAGGUUUGAAAACAAUGGGUGCAAACGCUUUGAAAAUGAAUGAAGUCAUCUUACUACUCGCACGUGACCAACAACAGAAUGCUCCCCCCCUCCCCCCCUCCGUCUCAUGAAAACUGCCACGGAAAAAGGUGACAAGUUCUUGCAAGGAAGGACAAGCUGCGCCAACGAUGAAUACCAUGCUAGCUCCAGGUCGUGUGUGUUGAUCAGUGAGAAGUGCGUGUGUGAGGCUAAUUAUGUUUUCCAUAGAAUUUUUACAGAUUCAUUCUUAUAAAUAUUGAUCGUUUGUUGGUUGAUAAAAUGCCCUCAUACAUCAUACAAAUGUUUACGCAGAAAACACUUAAGUUUUCUUUGGAUGAAUGUAUUAUAAAUGGAAUUUCGUCAGAAUUAACGAAGAGCUAACGGCUAUCGACGCAAACAAAACACGAAGAGCUACCUAACAUAAUCAUUCAAGAUUCCAUUAUUUGAAAAGAGAUCCGUUCAGA